UUGCGCCGAAAUUUACACACUACGGAGAAAUUUACAAGAACGUGGACAUGCGAGCUGAGGUUGCUGUCCUGACCAGGAAUGUGGUGAUUGAAGGUGUAAUGGAAAACUUUGCAGACGAAUUCGGCGGUCAUAUCAAGGUUUUGAAGGGAUUUAAGGACUUCCACAUUGAGGGCGCGGAACUCACACAUAUGGGACAGUCUAAAUCCGAAGGGAAAUACCCAAUACACUGGCAUCUCUGUGAAGAUGUGGAGGAUUUGAAUCUCUACCCCUCCACUACAUACGCCCGUGGGAACGCAAUCCACCAAUCGUACGCCAGAUGUGUCACCGUACACGGCACCCACGGGGUUCAGGUGAUGGAUAAUGUCUGCUUCGACAGCAUCGGUCACGGGUUUUUCCUGGAGGAUGGCGGGGAGAAAUGGACAACAAUAACAGGCAACCUUGGAGCAGCACAACUGUUUGGCGACCUUAUACCCACUGACAACAU